CAGAGCCCGCAGUAUUCACCAGCACCAGAUCUUCCCAAGUCGAACAUCCUGCCUCUCUCCAUCGCUCCAGUCUAUUAACAUGAAGUUCGGUGCCGCCCUGUUGUCUGCCGCGCUCGCGGGCUCGGCUAUGGCUGAUAGCUUUGCCUGGGAGCGUCUGAACAAAAACGACUCUCUCCUCGUCAUCCUGGAUCUCCAGGAAGGUCUCUACAGCCUCGCUCGCGACUGGGACGCCACUCUCUACCGGGACAGCAUGAUGGCCCACGCGAGCCUCGGCAAGGUCUUCGACAUCCCCGUCGUCAUGAGCACCUCGGCCGAGACUGGCCCGAACGGCCCUCUGCCGAACGAGAUCUUGGAGAUGUACCCCAACGCGCCCCUGAUCAAGCGUCAGGGCGAGGUCGACGCCUGGGACAACGAAGACUUCCGCAAGGCCGUCAAGGCUUCCGGCAAGAAGCAGAUCAUCAUCGCCGGUAUUGUGACCGAUGUUUGCACCGCCUUCCUGGCUCGGUCUCUCCGCGCCGAGGGCUACUCCGUCUGGGCCAACCUAGAAGCCAGCGGCACCACCACCAAGGAAAUCCGCGACAUCUCCAACGACCAGCUCAUCCGCGCCGGCGUGAACGUGGUCAGCCUCUUCUCCAUCGUGUGCGAUCUCAUGCGCGACUGGCGCAAGACCCCCGGCGCCAAGGAGCUGCUCCCUUACCUGGACCGCUACCUGCCCGCCUACGGCAUGGUGGCGCGCGCCCACCGCGCCGCCAUCGCCAACGGGACCCUGUUCCCCGGUGAGGAUAUCCUUCCUUGAAGGUAGGUAGGUAGUCAGGCAGUCAGUCAGCUCGCUGGGGGAAGGAAGGAGUGAGGGGG